CUUUUAAAUUUGCCCUGAUCGACGCUUCCUUAAUCCUGUUACUACAGCACCAACAAAAACAAACGGUGCCACCUGUGUCUGUUACUGUGAGAUGUCUUUAGUACGGAUGAACCGUUCGUUAUAUGGUGCGGGCAAAAGACCAGUCCGAAGCAGGAAGGUGUCUGCACCCAAGAAAGAAUGGGUGAGCACAGUCAACGAUCUUUCAGUGCAUAAAGCCACACCAGAGGAAAUGGCUCGACGUCAUGAGAUGCAUCGAUCUCAGAAUAGGGUCGUGGCGCAGUGGGAGUUAAAAGAAAAGGCUCUAACACGCAGACGGAGGAAAAACCAGCCACCCAGUCCUCCAGGACUUGAUAGAACCAGACUCAACAUCAUCAGAGAAGUGUUUUCAGAUCAGUGUCAGUUGCGGGAUGUCAUUGCACGGUCAGACAGAGCUUUGGCUGCAGUAAAAGACCUGUUUGGUGAUGCACCCCGUCGACGCACAGGAUUCCCCAGCAUUACUGUGGCACCUGACUGUGAUUCUGACUCUGAGCUUCCUGUUCAUCAAAAACCUGAUCCUCCAACCCAGCUGUCAUUGCUCAGCCAGUCUAUGAUGGAUCAGCAGGCCCUGAAUGAGUUGGAAGAGUGUGAAGAAGAACAUGAUGAAGUCCAGGAUGCCUCUGUGCACCUCAGCUCUGUGAUGCACAGAAAGAGAAAUAAAUGUAUCUCAAAGUCCUUUCCAUGGGGCUCAGAACAUCCAGAGCAAGAGCUACCCAAGACACCAUGUAAUACUGGAGUCAGAGAAGACCAUGCAGCACUCAACGCCACGGUGGCUGUAGAGCGCAUAAAAUCCAGACAGAGUCAUCCUGAUGUAAACCAGUCUACCUCACUAGUUAACCAGGUUCUGAACCCAGAGCCUGCUUCCUCUCAACCAGGUACCAAGAGCAGGUCAUUUCAAGCCAGUAGGGGGCACUCUCGACAUACUUCUGGUCUGAGUGGCUCAGGAUUAAGCUCCCUGGCAGGAAACCAGUCCAGCCUGGAGCUUCUGCAGAGCAUGCUUGAACAAGUGGAGACUGAUCUAAACUCUCUAGACCACCAGAACCCUCCACCAGAAGCUAGACCGCAGCAACAGAGACCAGGCCUCACCGGCUUUUCUGUGGCUCUAGUGGCGACACUUGGACGUCUAGCCAGUCACAUUAGAAAAAAAGAAGAGGAGGCUCUGAGGGAGGCACAGGAGAGAAGACGUCUAGAGGAGGAGGUGAAAGAGCAGAGAGCUUUAAUUGACGCCCUGACUGUGGAGUCACUGACACUGAGGGAAGAGAGCGCCGCUCUGCAGGCAAGGCUGCAGCAGCAGAUUUCUGACCUAGAGCGGCGUCUAGACGCUGUAGUCCUGGUGGAAGGAAGACCAGAUUCUGCAGAACCUCACAAAACAGUGCAAAUCACAGACAGCACAGUUCAAAAAAGCAGAAAUCUGGAAUAUAGUGGUGUGGAAAAUGAUCUACAACAACAGGACUUUGUCUCUGCAGCAGUGCUGUUGUCUCCUCCUCGUCAAAGAGAUGGUCUGCCUCCCGCAGUGUGUCGUCCACAUUCGCACGUACCCCUGCUGCACUACAGUGGCUCCUGUGAAGCAACAGGAAGUCAGGGUUCACUGGAGGACUUCGACAUCUCCAUUUCUCCUUCCUCCUUUGCUAGUCUACCACGACCCACUCCUUUGCUGGACAAUAUUUCUCAAGAUGCCAUGCUAGGGGAGAUUGCUGAAUUGACACGUCAGAACGCAGCGAUCCGCGCCCAGUUGGGGCAGCACCGUCCGUCUCCUGCAGGAGCGUCAGUGUCGAGAGAACAGAGCGCAGACCGGCUGUCCACAACCAGUUCUGCAUUUAGACAAGUGUCACCCUCUACAGAACCACAGCACACACAGCAGUCUGUUUCUGUAGAGAGGUCCUCAACAAUGGAGAUCGAACAAAAACUACAGGAGUUGAAUCGCCAAAGUGCCGAAGCAAGAGCUAAACUACUACAGCUCAUUGAACAACAGAAACAGAGCACCUCCCUCAGAGUUUCCCCUGCCAUUUCCCCAGUACCUCCUCAUUCCAGCAGCACUCACACAGUAGUCAGAGGGUUAACUUCACUUCCUGAGAGAAAUCAUUCACCACAACCCAGUGCAAGCAGUCGAAGCUCAACUGGAAGAGUCUCACCACAAAGUUCCAGAGAAGAUCCAGAGCCUUGAGAAUCAGGUGGACAAGCUGAAAAGAGAGGGCUGGUUUGCAUUGUCAGCUCAUGUCAAAUGAACUGAGCAUGGUCUGUGCAUAACACCAUAUUUCCAUGCACAAUAGCAUUCCAAUAGAUUUGACAUUUCUGGUUUGGUGUGAUCAAACAUCCUGACUGCAGCAUACCCAUGUGAACUCACACAAGGUAACAAACCAUGAGAACAAAGCGCAAGGUGAUGGCUUGGCCAGAUUACAUCGAUAAACAAUAGACAACUUCACUUCAAUAGACAAUUUUACCUAGCAUAACAUUUACUUGAAUCCUCAUAUGAAGUAUUUUAAAUAUCAGUUUGCAUGCAGACAUACUGAUUGACUGUUUAACUCUAUUUAAUGUAUUUGUUUUAUCAUUUUUUUUAAUAAAUGGACACUUACACAAUA